AUGUACCUGACGGAGGACCAGGACCCCGAGGAGCUGAAGAAGGAGGCUAAUGCGAAGUGGGCCAAGGGCGAGGCGGAGGAGGCGAACGCCCUUUGGAGACAGGCACUGAAGGAGUGCAUCAAGUAUUCCAUGAGGGGAUUCCCAACGAAGAAAAACACAGACAUGCAACUCAGCUUGCGUCUCAACAUAUCCCUUUACCAUUUUAAAAAAGGAGAAUUCCAUGAGUGCAUUAACCAAUGUGAUAUUAUUUUGGAGGGUGUGAUCGACCUGGACGGAGUGCUCAGUCGCUACGAGGUGGACCUUAAGCAGGCGAAGGAGACCCCUGUGACUCCCAUGCCCGCCGUAACCCUCCCAACCUGUACGGAGGAGGCGGCCUCACUAGGAAGGGAGCGAGAAGAGGGCACAUGCAUGCUCAGGAGAGACACGCUGGUGAAACUUUUUCUGCGUAGGGCGUAUUCCUAUCUGAUGCUGCAGGAGUUCGACAAAUGCAGAGAAAAUCUCCUUCUGGUAAAACGAAUCGACAAGGGGAACGCCGAGGCGAUGAGUCUAGAAAGGAAGGAGCAAUUGGAGCGAGUCGAUUAUCAUAAAAUGCAGAGGCAGUUGUACCGGCGAAUGUGCAGCGCGAGUGGUGCGUUGCAUGGGUCCAAGGAGAAGGGAUGA